CGCUGCCCAAUGAAAAAAGCUUUGCGGCUUCCGUACAAUCACAGUCCAGGAAGAGCUCCAAUCUUUCGAUCUUUGAAACCAACGCCAAACCCUCGACACCCAACUAAGACAUCACCGUGUGAGAAAAUCAGUUGUCAUGGAUAGGACCACCGUGAUGCUGCUGGUUUCUGUGGACUGACACCAUUAAAGUAAUACUACUCUGAUUCAUGUACUGAGCUGCUUCAGUUAUCCUGGCACAUACGCUAUCCGGAAGGAUGAAGCUGCGACUGCAUUUUGUGGUGGACCCCAUGGGCUGGUUCUGCAUGAGCAUGGUGCUGUUUGUCUGGUUCUAUAACAGCUUCAUCAUUCCCAAACUGGUGCUGUUGCCACACUAUGCGGAGGGACAUAUACCCACUACGCUUGUGGUCUGUUACUAUCUAGCAUCACUGCUGUGUGUCUCAGCAUUAUUCAGGGCUUCCACCGCCGACCCCGGAAAACUUGCUCAGGACCCCAAAAUUCCACUUGGAGAGAGAGACGACUGGGAACUGUGCAAUAAAUGCAACAUGAUGAGACCAAAGAGGUCACACCACUGCAGCCGCUGCGGCCACUGUGUCCGUCGCAUGGACCACCACUGUCCCUGGAUUAAUAACUGUGUUGGGGAGGAUAACCACUGGCUCUUUUUGCAGCUGUGUUUUUACACUCAGGUUCUGAGUCUUUACACUCUGGUGCUGGACUUUUGCCAGUACUACUACUUCCAGCCCCUGUCCUCGGUGGACCGGGCGGAGUUUGCAGUACGUCAUGAGUUGGCUCUUCUACGUGGGUCCUGUUUCAUGGGGCUGAUUAUGUUUGGUGGAAUGAGCAGCCUUUUCUACACACAAGUCAAAGGAAUCCUCGCAGACACAACGACCAUAGAGAAGAUGUCGCACUUAUUGGAAGACAUUGGACCGCGGCGGUCGUGGCAGCAAGCAAUGGCUGAGGUGUUUGGCACUCGCUGGAAGAUCCUGUGGUUCCUGCCGUUCAGGAGCAGACAGCCUCUAAGGCUCAACCUGACCUCACGCUCUCAUGUGUAGACAGACAGACAGAGACACACACACAUCUCUCCAGUGGGAAAGGUUACCCUCUGACCCCAGCGCCCCCCCACCCC